CUCGCGCUGACUACGCAACUUUGGCAGUGUCAAGAGUUUCGCUAUUAGUUUAGUACGCAGAACGCUGUUAAAUCACACGCUCGCACUGACCGAUUGCUGAAAAUAAUUUUUUUGUGCGUCGCUUCUAUUGAUUUUCUAAAAAUGUCCGUCACCGAGUUUCUGCUCGCCACACUGCUGGGACUACUAGGGUAUGCGGUCUACUGGCUGCGUCAACGUUUCAUGUAUUGGGAGGUGCGCGGCAUUGCCUGUGAGAAGCCAAAUUAUUUACUCGGCAAUUUAAAUGGCAUACGCACGACACGUUCGUUUGUGGAGAUAUGGCUGACAACGUACAAAAAAUUUAAGGGAACUGGCCCAUUUUGUGGUUUCUUUUGGUUUCAACGCCCUUCGGCUUUCAUUUUGGAUACAAAACUGGCCAAGGCCAUACUUAUUAAGGACUUUAAUAAUUUUGUUGAUCGCGGCUUCUACACAAAUGUGGAGGAUGAUCCGCUCACCGGACAGCUAUUUCUCUUGGAGGGACACAGAUGGCGUGUAAUGCGCAAUAAGCUAUCGCCCACCUUCACAUCCGGUAAAAUGAAGUAUAUGUUUCCGACUGUGUGCCGUGUGGGUGAGGAGUUUGUACACGUUGUGGCGCAGGCUAUUGAGAAGGAGCCGGUUUUGGAGGUACGUGAUUAUCUAGCGCGUUUCACCACCGACGUUAUCGGCACUUGUGCAUUCGGUAUUGAAGUAAAUAGUUUGAAGAAUCCCAACGAUGAAUUCCGGCGCAUGGGCAAACGAGUCUUCACUGAUUUGCGUCACGGAAGAUUCGGUUUGGCAUUGCUAAAUAGUUUCCCGAAAUUGUGUCGAAGGCUACAUAUUAAAAGUACACCCGAUCAUAUCACAGACUUUUACAUGGGUCUUGUGCGCGAAAAUAUCGCCUACCGUGAGAAGAACAAUAUACGCUGCAAUGACUUCUUUGACAUGCUGCUGGAAUUGAAAAACAAUAAGUUGUUAAAAUCAGAAGACGGUCAAGAUAUGAGCAUCACCGUUGAAGAAUUAGCCGCUCAGGCCUUUGUAUUUCUCAUUGCCGGCUUCGAGACGUCGUCGACCACCAUGAGCUUCGCAUUGUAUGAACUCGCACAGCAUGAGGACAUACAACAGCGUGUGCGUGACGAAGUCAUAGAAGUUCUGGAGAAACACAAGGGCGAAUUCACUUAUGAAUGCAUGAAAGAAAUGGUCUAUUUGGACCAAGUCAUUUCCGAAACACUUCGCCUCUAUACUGUGCUUCCCGUGUUAAAUCGUGAGUGUCUGGAGGAGUAUCCAGUGCCGGGUAACCCGAAAUUUGUUAUCGCCAAGGGUAUGCAAGUUGUUAUACCGAGCGCUGCAUUUCAUCGUGAUGCUGAUAUUUAUCCCAACCCCGACACGUUCGAUCCCGAUAACUUUACACCCGAGAAGGUGGCCCAGCGUGAUGGUGUUGAAUGGUUGCCUUUCGGCGAGGGACCUCGCAAUUGUAUUGGCAUGCGGUUUGGUCAAAUGCAAGCUCGUAUUGGCUUAGCUCUGCUCUUGAAAAACUUCAAGUUUUCCGUGUGUGAGAAAACUCCGAUUCCGAUGACAUUUGACAAGAUCAACUUUUUGGUGCAGUCUGAGCAUCCCAUUUGUGUGUAUGUUGAGAGAAAAUUACCCAGCGGAACGAAAAUGAUUAUAUUCCCAAUACUGUUGGCCAUUGUGCUGGGUCUUGUGGGCUACGUAAUGUACAGCCUGCGUCAAUCUUUAACUUAUUGGCAGGAACGUGGCAUACCAUGCGAAGAGCCGGAUCCCCAAGCUGGAAAUACAAUUGGUUUGUUCAGGACACGCCGCUUUGCUGACAUUUGGAUGGACACCUAUAAAAAAUUCAAAGGCAGCGGGCCCUUUUGUGGAUUUUAUUGGGGUCGUGCUCCCAAUGCGUUUGUGUUAACACCAGAGCUGGCCAAGCUAGUGCUUAUAAAAGAUUUUAAUAAAUUCGCUGAUCGUGGAUUUUACAGCAAUCCGAAGCACGAUCCGCUGUCCGGGCACCUUUUCUUGAUGGAUGGUCACAAAUGGCGUAGCAUGCGCUCUAAGCUUUCGCCAACAUUCACCUCCGGUAAGAUGAAGAUCAUGUAUCCGGUCAUUGUGCGUGUUGGAGAGGAGCUUACAAAUGUAUUUGCGAACAUGCAACAGGAGGAUCCAGUGAUUGAGGUGAAAGACGUCUUGGCGCGUUUCACUACCGAUGUGAUUGGUACCUGCGCCUUCGGCAUUGAUUGCAACAGCUUGAAGAAUCCAAAUUCGGAGUUUCGCGUGAUGGGCCGCAAAGCCAUAACCGAUGCGUCGUUCAAACCAUUAGCUCGGUUUUUAAUGAACUCAUUCCCCAACCUAGCCAAAUUUUUACGUGUGAAAUUGACACCAGAUGACAUCACCGAAUUCUAUAUGCGUAUUGUGCGCGAGAAUAUCGAAUACCGUGAAAAGAAUAAUAUCAGGCGUAACGACUUCUUCGAUAUGUUGCUGGAUUUGAAGAACAACAAGCUGUUGAAAUCCGAAGAUGGUCAGAAUAUGAGCAUCACCGUAGAGGAAUUGGCAGCACAGGCUUAUGUGUUCCUGAGAGCCGGUUUCGAGACUUCAUCGACUACACUAUCGUUUGCACUCUACGAAUUGGCACAACAUCAGGAUAUACAGGAACGUGCGCGUCAGGAGGUUUUACAGGUGCUCGAACGCCACAAUGGCGAAUUCACCUAUGAAUGUAUGAGCGAACUGGUGUACUUGAACCAAGUCAUAUCGGAGACCUUGCGUAUGUAUACGGUGCUGCCAGUAUUGAAUCGCAAGUGCUUGGAGGACUAUCCGGUGCCGGGCCAUCCGAAAUAUGUGAUUAAGAAAAACAUAAAGGUUAUGAUACCUGUGGCUGCCAUGCAUCGCGAUCCCGAUCUAUAUCCCAACCCAGAUGUUUUCAAUCCCGAUAACUUUGCGCCAGAAAAAGAGGCCACACGCGACUGCAUUGAGUUCUUGGCUUUCGGCGAAGGUCCACGCAACUGCAUUGGCAUGCGCUUUGGCAAGAUGCAAGUGCGUGUUGGUUUGGCGUUCUUACAGAAUUUCAGGUUUAGCGUGUGCGACAAAACACCCAUACCUAUGGUAUACAAUAUGACAAGCUUCACCGUUAGUUCCAAAUCUGGCAUACACCUGCGUGUGGACCAAGUUUGAUUAUUUUAGACUUAAGAAUUGCGUUGAAUAUCUCAAUUGACACCUUUUUUGUGCAUAUGUAUGUGAUUUUAUUAUACAAAUAUUAUAAUAAUGAUUGAGAACAAUAGAACAAGUGAAUUUAGUGGAGAAAAA